UUACAUAUAUAUUUUGUGUUGCAAAAUUAGUAAUUUAUUUAUAAAGAAAUAAAAACAAAAGAAUAUAAACCAUGAGAGCUGCAAGUAAACGUAAAAAUGCCGCUCGAUUGCAACAUUCGACUCAAUUCUCCAGAUUUCCAGCACCGAGCAUACAACAUCAAGCUUUCUAUACACACCAACCCGCAGGAAGUAGCCUCAAAUCCAAGCAAGCAGCACCAGCAGCAACACCAGCAGCAGCAGCAACAGCAGAUAAUAGUCUGCAACAGCGACAGCAACAGUUGUUGCAGCAGCAGCAACAGCAGCAACAGCAGCAAUAUUUGGCACAGCAACAGCUGCAAGGAGGACAGGCAAAUCUGCCCAGCUAUGCGGAUCAAAUGCAGUCGGCCUUCCUUGACUACCAGCGUCAGCGCUUGGAGUUUGAGCAGCAACAACAGCAGCUGCUGCAAAAGCUCUACACGUACUAUCCCGAUGUAUCGGCCACACAGCAGCAACAGCCAUCAGUCCAACAGCAGCAUACCCAGCAAGUAUUGCAGUCACAGCCAGCUGCCGCUGGCACACGCUACAUUGCGCGACAGCAAAUCGGCAGCAACAAUGGCUUGCAAGCGCAGCAGGAGUCGCAGUCACGACCACAACAACAGCAGCAGCAGCAACCUUUUGGCCCCAGUUACUACUCAACUCAGCAGCACGUUGGCUUCAUGCAACAGCAACAGCAGGAUGUGUUGCGCGAUCAGCAGCAAACAGUUGCCCAACAAUUCGCCACAGGGCAGUUGGCGCCAAGCACCACACAAAACUUUGGAAUGUCAAUACCAGAGUCCACCGUAUUGGGUGCUCCAUCGUAUCAAUCUUCCGCCGAUGUUUCACACGUGAGAUUCUCCAGCGGCAAUCUCAACUAUAAUUUCUAAAAGGGUGUCUCUGAAUGCAUAGCCGCCAGUGGUGUCGCUGAAUUUCACGUCUCUCACGGAUAUUGUCUCUCUAUAUUUAACUUUUUAUUUUUUUUUUUGGAUUUUUUUUUUGAGAAAUUAAUUGUAAUCUAUUUCUAAGAUUAAUUUUUGUAAAAAUUGGGUUCAAUGCAGCAGCGUAGAAAUAAAU